AUGAAGAGGAGGCUGCAGAAGAAAUAUAUCCUGCUGAUCCUCGGUUAUUCGAUCGUUUUACUCCUCAUCCCGUACGUGCUGGACUACCGCAGCAGGUCGGCUCAGCUGAAGCAUGGUAUGCGGCGGCAGCAGCAGAGGUGUCCGGAUCUGGAGAGUAGCAUGGCGUUGUGGAACAGCGCGGACCGGACGGGCGCAGGAACCGGUGCUGGCAUCGGAAACACGAGCGAGGCGGCGGACGAGGGCGUAAACAGGAGUCAAACCAAAACGCACAUCUAUCUGCACGCUACGUGGAGGACUGGAUCGUCUUUCCUAGGGGAGCUGUUCAACCAGCAUCCGGACGUCUUCUACCUGUACGAGCCGAUGUGGAACAUGUGGCAGGCGCUUUAUCCAGGGGACGCGGGAAGUUUGCAGGGAGCCGUGCGGGACAUGAUGAACUCCCUGUUCCGCUGCGAUUUCUCUGUGCUCAGACUAUACGCCGGAUCCGCCAACAUCAGCACCUCCUUUAUUUUUGGAUGGAAGACUAAUAAAGUGAUCUGCUCCGAGCCCUUAUGCAACGCGUACAAGAGACACGAAGUUGGGUUGGUCCAAGGCGAGCUGUGCGGCAAGUGCGCACACAGAGACAUCAAGGAACUGGAGCGGGAGUGCAAAAAGUACCCGGUGGUUGUGAUCAAGGACGUCCGGGUGUUAGAUCUCAGUGUCCUUGUGCCUCUGGUGCGAGAUCCCACACUCAACUUGCAGAUCAUCCAGCUGUUCAGGGACCCCCGAGCAGUCCACAACUCACGCCUCAAGUCCAAGCUGGCUCUGGUCCGUGAGAGCAUUCAGGUCCUCAGAAGCAAGAAACAGACUGACAAGUAUAAGCGUUUGCUUGCACCUGGUAACAGGAUGAACCGUGCUGAGAGCUAUGUAUCAGGUGCCAUGGAGCUCAUCUGUGACAGUUGGCUCAGUGACAUGCUCCUGGUGUCCAGUGCCCCAUCCUGGCUCAGACGCAACUAUCUCCAGAUAAAGUAUGAAGACCUGGUGCAUCACCCUGUAAAUGAACUCCACAGACUGUACCGCUUUGCCAACCUGACUACAUCUCCAGCACUUGAGAAGUUUGUAACGAAUAUGACUCGAGGUCAUGGCUACUCGUCUGACCGGCCAUUUCUCAUCUCCUCAAGGGAUGCCAAAGAAGCCAUAUACGCUUGGAGGGAAAGGCUAAACGUGGAGCAAGUGACUCAAGUGGAGGCUUACUGCAGUGAGGUGAUGCACCAACUGGGAUACAAAAAAAGGAACCUGGACCAGACAUAGGCCUACAAGCUCUGUGAAGGCGGACUGGGAGAGAGAGCAGUUCGGUGGGAGGAAGAGCUGGAACUACAGUGAGAGGUGGGAAGGCCAGUGCUAAGCUGUGAGCAACUGACACUAGGAACAUUUCCUUACGGGCUCGGUAGCUGUUGAAGGCCAUGUUGAACCAAGCUACAGGACACAGAGCCACAGGACUCGGAGGACACUGACAGAGCCUGUAGGGGAAAACACAAACAAUAACACUGAGACUGGUAACGUGAAUAAAAAAUAACGAGGACGGGAGGAAGAAAGACCACGUACUUGAACUAUGUGCUGAGCAAGAGAUUUUCAUCAGUGCCAAUCCUUCUAUCGUCAGCAGCCUUUAUUCAGCAACAGAAGGUGGAGUUCUGGGUUGUUGGACUCGUGUUUGUGACUGUGUGUGCUUAUUAUGCAUUUGACUUACCUCAGAACUGGGAAGUAAGAACUCGGACUAAUGUCAAAUACAACCCCGGCACGUCCAAGCCAUAAAG